AUGCAUCGAUUCAGACGUAGAGCAGGCGAGGCCAUAACACAUGUCCGACAGUUCAGCUCCAAAGCCAAGAAUGAACAGCCUGAGGAGCCAUGGGUGAAAAGCCUCGACGAGCAUGUCAAGUGGGAGGUUAAGGAGGAGAGUGAGGGAAGGAGGCUGUUUAGUGAAUCCACCGACCAGACAAUUCGCUUAUAUCGGGAUGGAUCACCGUCCAAAUACGCUUUGUCCUCCUCAUCCAUCGCAUUUGCUGAGUCUGAUGAACUCAAGGAAAUAACCAAGGAGCUCGAAGAAAUGUGGAAAAAGGCAAUCGAAGCUCUUAUCGAGAAGCGUGGGAAUGAUAGUAACGACCUCGCUCAACUCAUCAACGAUCCCACCCCAGAGAGGCUUGAGGCGGUUGUGCGCACAGCGCAAAGUGAAUUGGAGGCAAAGACGCAUACAAAAGGGGGGAGGGUGAAGGGAUGGUUCGGUAAAGUGGCCGGACGAAUUAAUAACCAUAAGUACCUCCUUGAUAUGCUUCCUUCCGGCGACAAGUAUACCUCAGUCUUGAUCGGGGGCUUAACUGCUUGUAUCAAGGCUACACUGGAGCACGAAGCAAUUGCAGAGUUAAUCUCCGACUGCCUUGACAAGCUCUCCGACAAAACCUACAAGCUGUCCAAAGCUAUUCGAAACUCGAAGGGAAACGAUUACAUUAGAACUCAUAUUGUGAAGUUCUAUAAGACGUUAUUUGGGCUCUUGGUUUCAAUACUCGAACACUGGUUACUCUCACGAGCUCAGCGCGGCAAGAAUAGUCUCGGGAGAAGUUUCCGGAAUCAGCUCGAAUGCUCGAUGAACGAUCUUGACUAUCAUGUGAAGGAAUUGAGUGAUGAGAAUAACUCCGUAAUGAUGGAAAAAAUGUCUUAUGAUUUGGGACAGUUGGUUCAGGCAAUUCUCGUUGGCGGGUAUAGUGAGUCAUGGCCGACUGCCACCAAUGCCAGUAACCAGUUUAGGACGCCUGGUCAAUUUCAGGCCGCUUCUGAGAGCCCGUCUGGCGCUUCAUAUGUCAUUCGUGGUCUGCCUAAUAUCCAUGAACCUAAAUUAGCAGCAAGCGUGGCGCCAGGAAUACAAGACGAACACAAUGAUCAUCACUGGACCACUCAGACCAUCUUGGAUGGCACAGCGUGGAUGAAAAGAUAUGUCUGUUUCAAAAAGGAGGAGAGCCUGCUUGAGGAAAGCUGCUAUGGAUCCACAAACCCCCAGGUAUACUCUCGUCUAGUGCAAUGGACUCAAUCGAGGUCAUCCGAGGCGCUUUGGCUUGAAAGCCCGGCAACAAUGGGUGACACGACCCCAAACACACUGAUAACAGCGCGCAUUGUCGAAACAUUCCGAAGGCUUCAUGUCCCUAUCAUUUCAUUUUUCUGUGAAUAUGACUCGGGACAGUACAAAACAUUCUCCCGUUCAGAAGAGCUCUUGAAGAUGGUGUACUCUUUGACAUCUCAAAUGUUAGCCUUCAUUCAAGAUAAUCUAUCCUCUGUCUAUGAUUCUGAGGAUUUGCCGGAUUUCUCGCCCGCUCGAAUACGUCGCCUUACUACGGAUCCUAGCUCGCUGCCCGACGCAAUUGGUUUCUUGAAGGAUAUAAUUCCCUUGGGACCGCCAAUAUUAGCCUGCUGCAUUGAUGGACUCCAGGUCUUAGAUUAUCCGGAACAGUCACACUGGUAUCAAGAUUGUUUGAAGUCCUUCAUUGAAGUUAUAGGAACCACAAAACCCCCUCAUCCGCGCAUCAUGAAGGUAUGGCUUUCCACUGAUGGAUACUGCGAGGCCCUUCAGGUUGCCGUUAACGCCGGCUGGAUUGAAGCCGAUAUUACAAACAGCGAGGACGACAUAGAGCCUCUCGAGAUAAAUCAGUGGAUGUAG